UUUCUUCUAUUAUCCGUGUUUAGAAUUCGAUGAAAAUGUGCAUCAUCCACCGCUUCAGCAUCCAUAUUUAACCCACUCUCAACAAUAUCCGACUUCCACAAAUUCUCAAUCUCAAAUUGUUUACAGUCCAAUGAAACAGAUGACAAUCGAUCAGCAUCAACAACAACAGUUAACGUCUCCGUCCAAUUCGGCUCAGCAAAGAGCAAAUUCUAAUGUUUCAAAUCAUGAACAGCAGCAACAAUCGACUUAUUCUGGUGCUGUGAGAGUAUCGCCAAGACGAACUUCUGAAAAUAUUCCACAACCGACAAUUAUGAGUCAGCAGCCGCUGCAGCAGUCAAGGAUAUCACAACAACCUCAACAAAUGAAAACAAAUUCAUCUCAGUCACAUCAUACUAACAGUAUGAAUUUUCUGUUCAUGCCACAGCAAACUCUUCAACAAGAGCCUACUAAUUUGGAUCAGUCAUCUUAUGAUCAAAAUGGAUUUCCAAUAAUCGAUUAUGCGAAUUCUGGUCCUUACAUGAUGAAUUUGAGUCCAGCACAACCACGCUUUAUUAUAAGUCAAACGCAGCCUCAACAACAACAACAACAACCAUCGCUAUCAAAUCGUGCGCAACAUUUGAAUAAUAAUCAACAAACAUCAUCUCUACAACAACAACCGCAAACAUCGACAACAUCCGCCAACUUUACACCGAAUAAACUACAGUCACAGUCACAAAAUCAACAAUUGAAUAAAACACCAACUAUUCCGCCUGGCAUCAAUUUAACACAAACAGCCUAUCAAAUGCAGCCACAACAACAACCAACAUUAAUGUCAGCAGCAUUUCACCCAUAUCCGGCAUCAUUACAAGGUGGGUCUGCGUUUUUAAAAGUGCUAUUACGAAGUAAUUUAAUGUUACUUCGAUGCUGCCAGCGGUAG